AUGGAACGCCGUGAUUUCGCCAGUGCCAUCGACAGCUUGUGCGAAGAGUUUCGAUGCAAACUGGUGAGUGCUUAUCAGUCCCAACAGGCCCCCACCAAGGUUGUCAAAGCAGUCUCAACUACCAGUAGCAGGCCAAUAUCGCGUGCAAACAGCAAGGGCAGCAGCCAUCCAAGCAGUGUGAGCAUAACCAGUGGCGUGUCCGGCGCAGCAAGCCGCUCUCACAGCACAUCGGUCGCAACUUUAGCAGCUACGCGAGCUGUGUGGGCUGAGGCAGAUGUUGACCGGCAAUGGACGGGUUCAAGGGACGUGAACCCAAACUUGACCUCCAUGACCUCUAGCUGCGAUGAAAGUGACCCCGUGCCUCACGGCGACUCUUCUCGCAUCUUCAAGUCGGUGCUGGAUAACCUCUCUGCGGAGGAGGCGCGGGUAGUCCGUCAUCGACUGCGUUGGCGCCUUGGCGCGAUCUCCUCGAAGACGCUUGUUUCAGGGAAGGCGAUCCUCGAUGCGGUCUCCACCCUAGGCUUGACCACUUAUACAGAGGAGCACAUGAAUGACUUUGUGAACUUGAUUGCCGAUUUUAUCAAACUCUCCUUUGAAGCUGUGGAGAAUCCCACUGAGGAUGAAGAGCACCAGCAACAUCAUCAUAGUAUUCAGCUGGGUUGGUUCCACAGCGGAGAGGUUUCCUAUCGGCCUGUGUGGGCUUGGCCGGAGAAGGCGGGAUUCCCAGCAACAAAGAAGAUGUUCACGAAUCAAGCAACGGUUGCCUCGGAAAUGCAUGGCCCACAGCUGAAGAAAAGCGUCACGCAGAAGCUUACAUCGGUUCCGGAAGUGCAACCACUGCGAACUUACAAUGUUGUGCCAGCACAGGCACUGAUGGACGUUUUGCUUGCCAGCGAGGCGGAGAUCCACAAGAAGAUUUUUGGCGCCAAGCGCUUGCAGCAGUUCAGAGCAAUGAAGGAAAUACUCCUGGCGGCUGACACAAACCGGUUGGUUGCGGAGUUGACCUUCGUAAGAAUCAAUGACCUUGCGGGGCCAAAGGAUCGCAUCAACAUUUUGACUAUGAUGGAGCCGCUGGUAGCCAUCGUGAUUAUAGCCAAUGGUGUGAUGAUUGGUUUGCAAACGCAUCCCGGGAAUGAGGAUUGGCCUCACUGGCCUGUUUUGGAGGCAGCUUUCACUCUCACACUCCUGCUGGAGAUCGGCUUGCGAAUGUACUUCUUGCGCUGCCGAACCUACUGGUGUGGCCCAGACCGCUACUGGAGUUAUUUCGAUGUUUUCCUCGCAACAUUUGGAGUUCUUGAUGCCAGUCUGCAAGCCAUCCUGCAACAGCAUGUGGUGGAUGCGAAUGGCACGUCCCUUCUACGAUUUUGCAGGCUUAUUCGGCUGGUACGAAUUGUCAAGGUGUUCAGAAUCAAGGCAAUGAGGGAUCUACGGCUGAUGGUGAAAGGAUUGAUUGCAGGAGUGCGAACGCUUGCACUUGCGUUUCUGCUGCUUUUUGGCGUCCUGUAUGUGAUAUCUGGCCUGACUGCAAUUACUAUUGGCGCUGACGCGCGAAUACAUGACAUUGGGCUCGGUGGUUUCUUCUCGGAUAUUCCUCAGACCAUGUUCACUGCCUUCCGGUGUUUCACAGGCGAGUGUGUCAACGAGAAUGGGUUUCCGAUCACGGUCAUGUUGAAGGAUGUAUUUGGAUUGCCGUUCGUUCUCGGCUACAUUGCCAGCUAUAUGCUCGUGUCUCUGGGGAUUUUCAAUGUCAUCCUUGCUGUUUAUGUUGACAUUACUAUGAAGGCGGCAAAAGAGAACGACGCCAUCACUGCGGAGCAGUAUUCCAGGGAGUCGGUGAGGAUAGCGCGAGCAACUCGAGAGCUCCUGAAAAAGUUUCAGGCGGCCUACCACACCUUCCACGAAAUGGAGGAGAAUGAGGAUACCCAGGAUCGUUUGGCGAAGUUGAAGCUGAAAAAACCCAACAUGCUGGCACAGGAUGGGAUGCACGACAGAACAGAGAUCACAAAGGAAAUGUUCCUCUUGAUUAUUCAAGACAGAGGUGUGCAAAAGUUGAUGAAUGAGCUGGAUUUGCCCCCGGAUCGUGCUAACAUGUUCGAGAUCAUAGAUGCUGACGGUAGCGGCACGCUACAAUUGCCAGAGCUGCUGCAUGGUUUGCUGAAAAUGCGCGGAGACAUCAGCAAGUCGGACGCGGUGGCGGCAUAUUUGGCUACCAAAGCGGUACAGAACAUGCUAACAGAGCUGAAGGCGGAGUGUGCUGAAUGCUUGCGUACUGUUAAGUCCCAAGCCGGAUAUCGCAGAACCCACCUAGAGUCGACUUCUUGCAGCGUGGCCUCAGAGGCCUUCUAUCCGCUAGCGCCACCUUCGCCCACGGAGAUCCGAAAUGACUCCCCAUCAGAGGAUCCAUCAGCGGCAAAUAACUUAGUUGCCCAAGACAUGCAGCAGCAAGAGUUGGCAUUUACAACGCCAGACUUGUCUGGUGUUCGCGCAUCUUGCAAGCCUGCUUCGCCGGGUGGCGAUGACCAGUCUGAGCCGCCAUCCCCUUAA